AUGACCAGCACUGUCCCCAGGCAUCACUCUCCCCGGGACCGGCACUGUCCGCAGCCAGGAGGCCGGCAGUGCCGGGGUGGCAGGACCUGCACCCACCAGCUCUUCCUGGGCACCGUGGCUGGCAGCCCUUCAUCCACUCAGGCCUCCUGGAAAGUGUUUGAGGUCACCAGCCUGCUCCAGUCCUGGCUCCACCAAGCCGUGGCCCCUGGGCACCGUGGUCCCACGGGAAGGGAGUGGUCGGAGGCGAGUGGGUCGGCCGCCCCGGCCACCAUCACCACACACUUGCCCACUCUGAGCGACGCUGGCCAUGGGGAGCCAGCCCUGCCCCAGGACGUGACGGACAGAGUCCUGCUGCUCAUCUUCUCCAGGGACAAGUCUCCAGGAGACCACAGCCUCAUCAGGACAGCGGAGACCUCCAAACACGUAAUGCGUGACAGCAGCUCCCAGGGCGCGGGGACCCGCCGGCACCGCAGGAACAGAAAGGAGAAGCAAAGGAUCAAAGUGAGCGAGGCUGCCGCUGCCGUCCCGGGGGAGGAGGGCAGGUCCUUGUGCAGGAGGGUGGACAUGAUGGUGGAUUUUGAGCAGACCGGCUGGGGCAGCUGGAUCGUCUACCCCAAAAAAUACAACGCCUACCGGUGCGAAGGGCAGUGUCCGUCACCCGUGGAUGAGACCUUCAAGCCCACCAACCACGCUUACAUUCAGAGUUUGCUGCAGCUCUACAAACCCAACCAGGUGCCCUGCCCUGCCUGCUCCCCGGUCAGGAUGAGUCCCCUCUCCAUGCUCUACUACGAGAAGGGCGAGAUCGUCGUCCGCCACCACGAGGACAUGAUCAUCGAGGAGUGCGGCUGCAACUGA